AGGCUGAAGAAGCCAUAGCAAUUCCAGCACUCCGCCAUUACACCAGAAACAUCGAUUUAUUUCAGUUUUGUUCUCAUUUGGUCGUGUUCUGGGGAGGACCUUGCUUAAACAGGAUCACGUUUACACUGCGGAGUGAUAAAUGAGUUCAGUAGCCCAAUGACAGUUUAACAUGGGUAAUCGUGGUGUGUACCUCCUGAGAGAAAUCUAGUCUCAAUAGAUUCCUUGACAAUAAUUUCACGAUUCUACCCUGACGGAUUGUCUGUUCUGCGAGUGAAAUGGAACAGAGAGAGCAGAAGAUGGAGGAAAGGGUUCCUGCAAUGCAGUGGAAGGGUUUGACCAGCGACCUUAAAUAUGUGGAUUAAUUUAUCCAGGCAACAAAGCACCAAGAGAAGUUCCCCCCAAAUGCCAGCAGCCGCCCAUUCUUCCAUCCCUCCUCCAGGACCGCCCUCGCGGCCAGAGAGGAGAAAAUCUGGCGAAAAUAAGAAGAAUGAAAAAGAGAAACCGAACAACCAGUCGGUCUCUAAAGAAAAGACGAAGUCUCCUCUUUCAGCGCAUCAGUCACCGGAAUUUAUUGCUGGAAAUUAUGGGUCGCCUUCCGUGGGCGCAAGGAAUGCUUGGGGCUCUCCAACCCGCCAGUCAGACGAAACGGCAGCAGCAGCAGCAGCAGCAACUAAACCUGACAGGGGCUCUUGGAACCGAGAUGCCCGAACUCGAAAAUCUUUCAGGUUUUCCGGGCACAUUACAGAUUCUGGCGCCGAUAGAAACGUGCUGCCACUUUGGUUAGAGGAAACGAGCGGCGCCAGGCAAAGUGGACAGAAUUUCAACAGCAACAGAAGUGAAGUGGGUUCCAGCGAUGCUUCUUUCGAGUCGAGGUGGGAUUCUCUGAAUGGUGGGAACAAAAAAGCAAACGCAAGUGUUUCACUGUCCCUCCGCCUGGAUGGAGGACGUUGA